AUGGAGAUGACCGCUCAGUUCGCUGCCUUAACCCGCCGAGAUCUCCCUUACUUUGAGUAUGCAUGGGAAUUCUGCGGGCUUGCCGCAGCGUCGGCUUUGGAGGACUCCACCAUCAAUUCUCUGUUCUGGCUCGGGGCCGACUACCAUUGCCCCGUGGACCUCCCAGACACCACCGGAAUACCCCUUCCCUCCAACAUAGUCAUACAACGACAACCACAAGCUGCAGUCCUCUUCUGUUUCUCAACUGCUUCUUCUGUAAGAUUAGGCUUGGCAAACAAACCACUGCAAGGAAUUCCUGUCUACAGUCUCUCAACCAGACGGAUUGUUCUUCUGGGUAAAAGUGGUGCUGGGAAAAGUGCAGCUGGAAACACAAUACUAGGACAGAGAGAGUUCAGAUCUGAGAGGGGAAAGAGAUCAGUAACCCGUAAAUCCUCAGAGAAACACACCACUGUUUCAGGCAGAUCUGUGUCUGUAGUUGAUACUCCUGGAUUCUUUCACGCACAGAUAAAAACUGAGGAGUUAACUGUAGAGGUAGAGAGAUGUGUUUAUUUAUCCAGUCCUGGACCACAUGCUUUUCUCAUUGUGUUUCCUGUGAUUAUGAGAUUCACUGAGAUGGAGCAACAGAUUCCUCAGAAGAUUGAGAUGAUGUUUGGUGAGGGAGUGUUAAAAUACUCCAUCAUUCUCUUCACUCAUGGAGAUCGGAUAGAUAAACCCAUAGAGAGCUUCAUUAAGCAGAACUGUAAAUUAAGAGAUCUAGUUGAUCACUGUGGAGGCAGAUAUCACGUCUUCAACAAUAACAAUGAGAAUAACAGAGAGCAGGUGAAUAAUCUACUGCAGAAGAUUGACACAAUGAUAGAGCACAAUGGAGGAGGACACUACAGUAAUCAAAUGUUUGAAGAUGCUCUGAGAUUCAGACAAGAGGAAGAAGAGCAGAGACGGAGAGGAGACGAGAGGAGAAAGCUACAAGAAAAAGGUAAGCUUUACAAGCAAGGAAAAGACUCUGAGGCUGGUUUGGUGCGCUUUCGCCACAGCAUUUCUGAGCCCUGCAGGCAAAGGGCUCGUUCGGACGGGCUCCUCAAGCCCUAUGUGCCCCUCAAGUAUCAGCUCAGAUGA